AUGCCUUCCCUGCCCGCGGGCCCCCGCUGGGCCCUGCUCCUGGCCCUGCUCCUCGCCCUCCUCUCCUCCUCCUCCUCCUCCGCCGCCCUCUCUCCUCCUCCUCCUCCUCCUGGCCCUGGCCGAGCCCUGGGGAGCCCCCCGGCCAGCGGGGACCCCGGCCCCGACGGAGCCUCCACUCUGGCUUUUGUUUUCGAUGUCACCGGCUCCAUGUACGACGAUUUAGUGCAGGUGAUCGAAGGGGCGUCCAAAAUCCUGGAGACCUCCCUCAGGAGACCCAACAGGCCGCUCUUCAACUUUGCUUUGGUACCUUUCCAUGACCCAGAAAUUGGACCAGUGACAGUUACCACAGAUCCUAAGAAAUUUCAAUAUGAACUCAGAGAACUUUAUGUUCAGGGUGGUGGUGACUGUCCAGAAAUGAGCGUUGGAGCCAUCAAAAUUGCUCUGGAAAUUUCCCUCCCUGGAUCUUUCAUCUACGUGUUUACCGAUGCGCGAUCUAAAGAUUACCACCUGGCCCAUGCAGUGCUGCAGCUCAUUCAGCAGAAGCAGUCACAAGUUGUAUUUGUACUUACGGGAGACUGUGAUGACAGGGGCCAUAUUGGUUACAAAGUGUAUGAAGAAAUUGCCUCUACAAGUUCUGGUCAAGUUUUUCACCUGGACAAAAAGCAAGUCAACGAGGUCUUGAAAUGGGUGGAAGAAGCAGUGCAAGCCUCCAAAGUGCAUCUCCUCUCCACGGAUCAUUUGGACUGGGCUGUUAAUACUUGGCAAAUCCCUUUCGAUCCUAGCCUGAAAGAAGUGACAGUGUCGCUGAGUGGCCCUUCUCCCCAGAUUGAAAUCCGGGAUCCUUUAGGGAAGCUGAUAAAAAAAGGAUUUGGCUUGAAUGAGCUAUUAAAUAUCCAUAACUCUGCCAAGGUAGUGAAUGUUAAAGAACCAGAGCCGGGAAUGUGGACAAUUAAGAUCUCAAGCAGUGGAAGACACUCUGUGCGUAUCACAGGCCUCAGUUCGAUUGAUUUCCGGGCUGGCUUUUUCAGAAAAGCAACUUUAGACUUCAAAAGAAUGGCCAAUAGACCAGUUCAAGGAAUCCCUACCUACGUGCUUCUGAAUACAACAGGAAUUUAUCCUCCUGCCAGAGUAGACCGCCUAGAGCUGUUGAGUAUCUCCGGCAGCUCUCUAAAAACCAUCCCUGUGAAAUAUUACCCUGAACGAAAACCCUAUGGCAUAUGGAACAUUUCUGACUUUAUUCCUCCGGAUGAAGCCUUCUUUCUGAAAGUUACAGGUUACGAUAAGGAUGAUUAUCUCUUUCAGAGAGUGUCAAGUGUGUCCUUCUCCAAUAUCGUGCCGGAUGCUCCCAGAGUUACAAUGCUCAAGAAAACCCCAGGAUACUACCUGCAGCCGGGCUAUAUCCCUUGCUCUGUAGAGAGUCUCCUGCCCUUUACUUUGCGGUUUGUCAGAAAUGGGGCCUCCCUGGGAGUGGACCAAUACUUCAAAGAGUCUGGUAGUAUGAACUGGGAGAUUGACAAAGUUACUUUGUCUGAUGAGGGUAACUAUGAAUGCAUUGCGAUUAGCAGCGCUGGAACUGGACGUGCAGAGACUUUUUUUGAUGUGUCAGAGCCUCCUCCUGUCAUCCAGGUGCCUAAUAACGUGACGGCGUCUCCUGGAGGGAGAGCAGUGUUGACCUGCUUACCCACAAGCACCGUGCGUUAUAAUAUUACUUGGCAGAGAAACGCCUGGGAUGCCAGGCUGUUGGAUCCGGCCCGCAUAAGGACAACGAGCAACUUUUCUUUGGAGAUAAACGCUGUGAAAGUCACAGAUGCUGGAGAAUACAGCUGUACAGCUUCAAAUGCGGGAGGAGCAACAUCUGCUUCUGUCUUCCUCACAGUGCAAGAAUCACCCAGAGUUCUGGUCAUGCCUAAAAACCAGUCGUUCACAGAAGGGUCUGAGGUGUCCCUUAUGUGCUCUGCAACAGGUUAUCCCAAACCUAAGAAAGUCUGGAUGCAUAAUGACGUGCUUAUUCUGGGCUCACACAGGUAUAGAGUGACCUCUGAAGGCACUUUGAUGAUCAAAAAUGCAAAUUCCAGAGAUGCAGGUAUAUACGGUUGCUUGGCGAGUAACACAGCUGGGACAGAUAAACAAACUUCCACUCUCAGAUACAUUGAUGCCCCAAAGUUGACCAUGGUACAAAGAGAAAUCCUGGUUGCCACUGGGGACACAACAGUCAUGGAAUGUCAAACCACCGGUGUCCCAACACCCCUGAUUAAGUGGUUCAAAGGAGAUCUUGAAUUGAGGCCUUCAGUAUUUCUGAUUAUUGACUCUCAGAAGGGGCUUUUGCAGAUUAAAGAAACACAAGAUUUGGAUGCUGGGGAUUAUACUUGUGUAGCCACCAAUGAAGCCGGAAGAGCAACGGGCCAAAUAACAUUAGAUGUUGGCUCUCCCCCAGUUUUCACCCAGGAACCUAACGACGUAUCCGUGGAAAUUGGCUCCAACUUGACGUUACCUUGCUCAGCUCACGGUUACCCAGAACCCAAGAUCAAAUGGCGGCGGUUGGACAACACGCCACUUUUCUCACGACCCUUUGCCGUCAGCUCCAUCAGUCAACUAACAACAGGAGCGCUGUCUUUUACCAACUUAUGGGCCACUGAUGAGGGCACUUACCUUUGUGAAGCUGAAAAUCAAUUUGGGAAGAUCCAGAUCCAGGCUACCAUAAAAGUGACAGGGCUUGUUGCUCCUCUCAUUGGGAUCGGACCUACCGUGGCCAAUGUAGUUGAAGGGCAGGAACUCACUUUGCCUUGCAUCCUGUUGGCUGGGAAUCCAAUUCCAGAACGUCGGUGGAUUAAGAACUCAGCAGUGUUGGUUCAGAAUCCUUACGUCAGUGUUCGCAGCGAUGGAAGCCUUCACCUUGAAAGAGUCCGCCUUCUGGAUGGAGGAGAAUAUACCUGUGUGGCAAGUAACGUUGCCGGGACUAACAACAAAACUACCACAGUUAAUGUUUUUGUUCUGCCAGUCAUUCAGCAUGGACAGCAAAUAUUCAGUACAAUUGAGGGAGUCCCAAUCACUUUGCCGUGCAAAGCCAGCGGAGUUCCCAAACCAUCCAUUGCUUGGUCCAAGAAAGGAGAACUGAUUUCUUCCAGCAACGGUAAAUUCUCUGCAGGACCUGAUGGAAGUCUGUAUAUAGCGUCACCAGGAGGGGAAGAGGCUGGAGAAUACAUCUGUACAGCCACUAAUGCUGCGGGCUAUUCUAAACGAAAAGUCCAACUCACAGUCUACGUGAAACCUAGAUUAUCAGGACAUCAAGGAAAAUCACAUGACAAACCAAUAGAGAUUUCAGUCACUGCUGGGGAAGAUGUUCUGCUCCCAUGUGAGGUGAAGAGUUUGCCACCGCCUGUAGUUACAUGGGCCAGAGAAAUGCAACUCAUCUCUCCUUUCUCUUCCAGGCACACCUUUCUCAGUUCUGGCUCACUGAAGAUCAGUGAGACACGUAUUACGGACAGUGGGUUGUAUCUUUGCGUUGCCACAAACAUUGCUGGAAAUGUAACUCAGUCGAUUAAGUUGAAUGUCCACGUACCUCCAAGAAUACAACGAGGCCCUCGACUAAUGAAAGUUCGAGUUGGUCAAAGAGCGGACAUUCCCUGCAGUGCCCAAGGGGUCCCCCUUCCCAAAGUCACGUGGUUUAAAGGUGGCAAUGCCAUGCUGAUUGAUGGGGAGCAGUUUAUCAGCAAUGAAGAUGGAAUGCUGACCAUUAAGAAGGUCCAGCUCUCAGAUUCUGGGGUGUACAAGUGUAUUGCAAACAACAUAGCUGGAAGUGAUGAGGCAGAGAUAACAGUACAAAUUCAAGAAGCCCCAACAAUGGAGGAUCUAGAACCUCCUUUCAACACCCCAUUGCAAGAAAGAGUGGUCAGUCAACGUGUUGCCUUCCCAUGUCCAGCAAAAGGCGCCCCCAAGCCGAUCAUCAAAUGGUUACAUAACGGCAGAGAGCUGACAGGAAGGGAGCCUGGCCUCUCGAUCUUGGAAGACGGAACACUCCUAGUUCUCGCUUCGGUCACCCCGUACGAUAACGGGGAGUACAUCUGUGUGGCAGCAAAUGAAGUAGGGACCACAGAAAGAAAAUACAACCUCAAAGUCCAUGUUCCCCCUGAGAUCCGAGAUCAAGAAAAAGAGACAAAUCUGUCUGUGGUGAUAAAUCAGCCCACACAUCUCAUCUGUGAAGUAACGGGCAAUCCUUCUCCCACCAUCAUAUGGUACAAAGAUGAUGUCCAGGUGGCUGAGAGCAGUUCUGUCCAGAUGGUGCACAAUGGAAAGACACUGAAGCUCUUCAAAGCUACUCCAGAUGACGCUGGGCGGUAUACUUGCAGGGCAGUUAAUAUUGCAGGGAAUUCCGAGAAGCAUUUCAACAUUGCUGUGCUAGUUCCCCCAUCAAUAACAGGGGCUAGCUCCCCAAGUGACAUCUCAGUCAUCCUCAAUCACGAGACCACCCUGGAAUGCCAAGUCCGAGGUACUCCCUUUCCAGCUAUUCACUGGUUCAAAGAUGGCAAGCCCAUUUUCUUGGGUGAUCCUAAUAUUGAACUCCUAGACAGCGGGCAAGUUUUACGCAUAAAGAAUGCUCAUCGAAGUGAUAAGGGACGUUAUCAAUGCACUGUGUCUAAUUCAGCUGGUAAACAAGCCAAGGAAAUCAAAUUGACCGUCUAUAUUCCACCCAGUAUUAAAGGAGGUAAUAUUACUUCGGAAUUAUCAGUGUUGAUAAACAGCCUCAUUAAGCUGGAAUGUGAAACCCGAGGACUGCCGCUUCCUGCCAUUACAUGGUACAAAGAUGGACGGCCUGUCAUUUCCAGCCCACAGACCCUUUAUGUUGACAGAGGGCAAUUUCUUCAAAUUCCUCAUGCUCAGGUGUCGGAUUCUGCAAAAUACACAUGCCAUGUGGCCAAUGUUGCUGGAACAGCUGAGAAAACACAUGAAGUUGAUGUCUAUGUUCCUCCAGUUAUUGAGGGCGACGUGGACACACCUCAGAGCAAGGAAGUGGUUGUGGGUAAUUCCCUGACCCUGGAAUGUAAAGCUGCUGGCAACCCCCCUCCUGUCCUGACCUGGCUGAAAGAUGGGGUGCCCGUGAAAGCCAGUGAAAACAUCCACUUAGUGUCUGGUGGGCAGAGGCUCAAAAUUGAGAAAGUUCUAGAAGCUGACCGAGGACAGUAUGUAUGUGUGGCUACUAGUGUGGCAGGAGAAAAAGAAAUCAAAUACAACGUUGACAUCUUAGUGCCACCAACUGUAGAAGGGGGAGAUGAAGACUCAGACUUCAUUGUUCUCCUUAAUAACCUACUAGAAUUGGAUUGCCAGGUCACUGGAUCACCUCCACCAACUAUAAUGUGGUUGAAAGAUGGCCAGCCAAUCAAAGAAGGGGAUGGAUUCCAGGUGUUACUAAAUGGGCGCAAACUCAUAAUCUCCCAGGCCCAAGUGUCAGACACAGGUCGUUACCGAUGUGUGGCUACAAACAUCGCAGGAGACCAUGAAAGAGAAUUUGCCGUUACAGUCCAUGUUCCUCCAACCAUCAAAUCAGCGGGACCUUCUGAGAGAGCUGCGGUGAUAUACAAACCUGUGACCUUGCAAUGCAUUGCCACUGGGAUUCCUAACCCCUCCAUCACAUGGUUAAAAGAUGGACAACCUGUCAACAUAGCCCGAGGAAACAUUCAACUGCAGUCGUCUGGCCGAGUUUUGCAGAUUGCCAAAAUCCUGUUGGAAGAUGCUGGCAGAUAUACCUGUGUGGCUACUAAUGCUGCUGGAGAAGCCCAGCACCAUAUUCACUUACAUGUUCUUGAACCACCUAGUCUUGAAGAUGCCGGACGGAUGUUAAAUGAAACUGUGAUAGUGAACAACCCAGUUCAACUUGAAUGUAAAGCAACUGGAAACCCUUUGCCCGCCAUCACCUGGUACAAAGACAACCGGCCACUCUCCCGAGCCACCAGUGUCACAUUUUUGAACAGGGGACAAAUCAUCGAGAUCGACAGCGCCCAGAUAACAGACAGUGGUGUCUAUAAAUGUGUGGCCGUCAACUCAGCAGGAUCUACUGAGUUGUUUUACAGCCUGCAGGUUCAUGUCCCACCGUCAAUUUCUGGCAGUAGUGACACAGUGGAUGUGGUGGUGAAUAACCCAGUGCGGUUAGAGUGCGAGGCCAGAGGAAUCCCGGCCCCUACCCUGACGUGGCUGAAAGAUGGGAGUCCCAUCUCGAGCUUUUCUAACGGAAUACAGGUUCUCUCUGGUGGGCGAGUUGUUGCAUUGACUAGUGCCCAGAUCAGUGACACAGGAAGAUACACUUGUGUGGCCGUGAACGCUGCUGGGGAGAAACAAAGGGAUACUGAUCUCAGAGUAUAUGUUCCACCAAACAUAGUGGGAGAAGAGCAAAAUGUUUCUGUCCUCAUUAGCCAAACUGUUGAGCUCCAUUGCCAGAGUAAUGCUAUUCCCCCACCCACGCUGACAUGGUUGAAAGACGGUCGACCUUUGUUAAAGAAACCAGGGCUCAGCGUCUCGGAAAAUGGAAGCAAGCUGAAGAUUGAAGGAGCCCAAGUUCUAGACACUGGUCGCUACACUUGCGAGGCCACAAAUGUUGCUGGGAAAACUGAAAAGAAUUAUAACGUCAACAUCUGGGUACCACCAAAUAUUUACGGUUCAGUUGAAACUACCCAACUUACGGUGAUGGAAGGCAACCUCAUUAGUCUGAUGUGUGAGUCCGGUGGCAUUCCGCCACCAAGUCUCAUCUGGAAAAGGAAAGACUCUCCGAUGCUGCCUGAUACCACAGGGAGAGUCAGAGUAUUGUCUGGAGGAAGGCAACUACAGAUUUCCGUUGCCAAAAAGUCCGAUGCAGGAUCAUACACGUGCAUGGCAUCGAACGUUGCUGGCACUGCAAGCAAAGAAUACAAUUUGCAAGUUUACAUUCGCCCAAGCAUAUCCAACAGUGGGAUCCACCCCACUGUGGUCACUGUGGUCCAAGGAAAGGGUAUCGCUUUGGAAUGUGAGGUUCGGGGAAAUCCCCAGCCAGCAGUGACCUGGAUGAAGGACGGCCGCCCCUUAGUCAGUGGAAGGGGCGUGGAGAUACUGCACCAGGGACGCACUCUUCGACUGAAGAACUCUCAGGUGUCAGACGCUGGCCGUUAUGUGUGUGUCGCUGUGAAUGUGGCAGGACUGACUGACAGAAAAUAUGAUUUGAGUGUUCACGUUCCUCCGAGCAUUGUGGGAGAACUGGAUGUGCCCGAAAAUGUCACUGUGGUGGAAAAGAACCCUGUUACCUUGACGUGUGAAGCAGCCGGAGUUCCCCUGCCUUCAAUAGCCUGGCUUAAGGAUGGACUGCCUCUCGCUCCGAGCAGCACUGUGAGAGUCCUGUCAGGAGGUAGGAUGCUCAGAUUGAUGCGGACAAGCGUUGAAGAUUCUGGCCGGUAUUCUUGCCUAGUAAGCAAUGCAGUAGGAGAAGAAAGAAAAUAUUUUACCCUGUCAGUGCUGGUACCUCCCAGUAUCAUUGGUGAGAACAGUCUGGAAGAUGUGAAAGUGAAGGAGAAGCACAACGUCACUUUGACCUGUGAAGCUAAAGGGAAUCCACUACCAGAGAUAACCUGGUUAAAAGAUGGACAGCAGCUCACAAAGGAUGGAAACCACCAGAUUAUGUCAAACGGACGCUUUCUUCAAAUAACCAACGCCCAAGUGUCAGAUACUGGAAGAUAUACCUGUGUUGCCUCCAACCCCGCUGGGGACAAAAGCAGAAGUUUCAGUCUCAAUGUGUUCGUAUCUCCUACUAUUGCUGGUGUAGAUAGCAAUGGAAGCCCUGAAGAUGUAACUGUUAUUCUCAACAGUCCCACAUCCCUGGUCUGCGAAGCGUAUUCCUACCCGCCAGCUACCAUCACCUGGUUUAAAAAUGGAGUUCCCAUUGAGUCAAACAGAAACAUUAGGAUUCUGCCAGGAGGUAGAACAUUACAAAUCCUAAAUGCUCAGGAGGACAACGCUGGCAGAUACUCUUGCAUAGCUACAAACGAAGCUGGGGAAACUGUAAAGCACUAUGAAGUGAAGGUCUACAUUCCACCCAUAAUCAACAAAGGUGAUCUUCUGGGACCUGGCCUUUCUCCUAAAGAAGUGAAGAUCAAAGUAAACAACACAUUGACACUGGAAUGUGAAGCUUAUGCGAUCCCUACUGCUUCCCUCAGCUGGUACAAAGAUGGACGGCCUCUUAAAUCAGAUGGUCAUAUUAAAAUUGCGGUCAGUGGACAGACCCUGCAAAUCAAGGAAGCUCAAGUUUCAGACACCGGUCGUUACAGUUGUGUGGCAUCUAACAUCGCUGGAGAAGAUGAAUUGGAGUUUGAUGUCAAUAUACAAGUCCCUCCCAGUUUUCAGAAGCUCUGGGAAAUUGGGAAUGCGGUGGAUAUCAAAAGAAAUGGGGAGACCAAGGAUGUGAUCAUCAAUAAUCCCAUUUCUCUCUACUGUGAGACGAAUGCUGUUCCACCUCCCACUUUGACAUGGUACAAAGAUGGCCAAGCUGUGAUCGCCAGCAAUAAAGUAUUAAUAUUACCAGGAGGCCGGGUGCUGCAGAUUCCUAGGGCCCAGGCGGAGAAUGCUGGCAGAUACACCUGCGUGGCUGUAAAUGAGGCUGGAGAAGAUUCUCUUCAGUACAAUAUCCGUGUGCUUGUACCACCAUCCAUCAAGGGAGCUAAUGGCGACAUACCCGAAGAGGUCACUGUGUUUGUCAAUAAAACUGCACUGAUGCAGUGUAUGUCAAACGGAAGCCCUGUACCUAGCAAUUCCUGGCAAAAGGAUGGACAACUUUUAGUAGAAGACGAACAACAUAGGUUUUUAUCCAAUGGCAGAACUUUGCAGAUCUCAAAUUCUCAAAUAACAGAUAUCGGCAGGUAUGGCUGUAUUGCUACGAACGUAGCCGGGACCGCUAAGAAGUAUUUCAACCUAAAUGUUCAUGUUCCUCCGAGUGUCAUCGGGCCGAAUGCUGAAAACCUGACAGUGGUGGUGAAUAAUUUCAUCUCUCUGACCUGUGAAGCCACUGGUUUCCCACCUCCUGACCUCAGCUGGCUCAAGAAUGGAGCGCCCAUCAGUUUGAACAGCAAUGCUCUGAUUGUGCCCGGUGGUCGAACUCUGCAGAUUAUCCGAGCUAAAGUAUCCGAUGGUGGGGAGUACGCUUGCCUAGCCAUCAACCCUGCUGGGGAAAGCAAGAAAAGGAUUUUCCUGACCGUCUACGUUCCCCCGAGCAUUAAAGACCACGGCAGUGAGUCUCUCUCAGUGCUGAAUGUGAGAGAAGGCUCCCCGGUUUCGCUGGAGUGUGAGUCGAAUGCGGUCCCGCCUCCUGUGAUCUCCUGGUAUAAGAAUGGGCGCAAGGUCACCGAAUCAGCAAAUGUUCAGAUUUUAACUGACGGGCAGAUGCUUCACAUCAAGGGAGCUGAGGUGUCUGACACUGGCCAAUAUGUAUGUAAAGCUAUAAAUAUUGCAGGACGAGAUGAUAAAAAUUUCCAUCUCAACGUUUACGUACCACCCAGUAUUGAAGGCCCUAAAGAAGAGGAGGUGGUUGAGACUGUUGGUAACCCUGUGACUUUUGCAUGUGAUGCCACUGGAAUUCCUCCUCCUUCUCUCGUCUGGUUAAAGAACGGAGAGCCAAUAGAGAAUUCCGACUCUCUUGAAGUUCAUAUUUUGUCUGGAGGCAGUAAGAUGCAAAUUGCCCGUUCCCAGAAUGCAGACAGUGGAACCUAUACGUGUGUGGCAUCUAAUGUAGAAGGAAAAACUCAGAAAAACUAUCUUCUGUCCAUUCAAGUUCCACCAAGUAUUGUUGGGUCUGAAAUACCAAGUGAGAUCAGUGUCCAUCUGGGAGGAAAUAUUCAACUAGUGUGCGAUGCCAAGGGAACUCCUUCACCUGUUAUUCAGUGGCUUAAAGACGGGAAACCCAUUACUCGUGGUGAAACACAAAGGACCCGAGUGACAUCAGAUGGCAGCACCUUAAACAUUUUUGGAGCUCUCACAUCUGAUAUGGGGAAAUACACUUGUGUAGCUACCAAUCCUGCAGGAGAAGAAGACCGGAUUUUUAACUUGAAUGUCUACGUUGCACCUACUAUUGUUGGUAAUAAAGAAGAAACUGGAGAUAUAAUGGCUUUAUUGGACUCUUCAAUAAACAUCGAGUGCACAGCUACAGGAAUUCCACCCCCUCAAAUCAACUGGCUAAAGAAUGGACUUCCUCUUCCCGUCUCAUCUCGUAUCAGAUUGCUGCCCAAUGGAAAGUUUCUAAGAAUUGUGAGAGUUCAGGUGUCUGAUGUUGGCAUCUACACUUGUGUGGCCUCUAACAGGGCUGGAGUGGAUAACAAAAAUUACAAUCUUCAUGUGUUUGUACCUCCAAACAUGGACAACGCAGGUGGAAUAGAGGAAAUAACCGUAGUCAAAGGCAGCCCAGCAUCUAUGGAGUGCUUUGCUGAUGGAACCCCCUCUCCCAUUAUGUCUUGGCUGAAAGAUGGGCAACCUCUAGAACUGGGGGCCCAUCUGACCAUCAGUAAGGAAGGGAUGGUCCUUCAGAUGGUCGAAGCAGAGACAGAAGAUUCUGGCAGAUAUACUUGCACUGCCAUCAAUGAGGCUGGAGAAGUCAGCAAGCACUUUGCUCUGAAGGUGCUGGAGCCACCUCGUAUCAAUGGAUCUAAUCAGCCUGAAGAGAUAUCCGUAGUUGUGAACAACCUUCUAGAGCUGUCCUGCAUUUCUUCUGGAAUCCCAGAUCCCAAAAUUACCUGGAUGAAAGAUGGGCGGCCCCUGCCACAGGUGGAUAAUAUCCAGGUUUUGGGAGACGGAGAGGUGCUUCGAGUAUCUAAUGCUCAGGUGGAAGAUACAGGACGGUAUACAUGCUUGGCAUCCAGUCUUGCCGGAGACGAUGAUAAAGAAUAUUUAGUGAAAGUACAUGUGCCCCCUAAUAUUGCCGGAACGAGUGAACCUCAGGACGUCACAGUGUUGCAAAACAGACAGGCUAUUUUGGAGUGCAAGUCGGAUGCUGUGCCCCCUCCUACAAUUGCUUGGCUUAAGAACGGAGACUUACUACAGGGAACUCCCCGAGUCCGUAUCCUGUCUGGUGGCCGAUAUUUGCAGAUCAAUAAUGCCGAUCUGGGAGACGCAGCAAAAUACACCUGUGUGGCAAGUAACAUUGUAGGAAGGACUACCAGAGAAUUUGUUCUAGCUGUUCAUGUUGCUCCGACGAUAAAAGGUGGUCCUCAGAGUCUUGCGGUUCACUUAAAUAAGUCAGCCGUCCUGGAGUGUGUUGUGGAAGGUGUCCCAACCCCAAGAAUUACCUGGAGAAAGGAUGGAGCUAUUAUUACUGGAGAUAAUGCCAGAUAUUCCAUCUCUGAGAAGGGAUUCCUACACAUCGAUUCGGCGCACAUCACUGACACUGGACGUUAUCUUUGCAUGGCAACCAACGCGGCCGGGACCGAACGCAAGCGGAUGGAUUUACAGGUCCAUGUUCCUCCAUCUAUUGCUCCUGGACCUACCGACAAAACAAUAACAGUGAAUGUUCAAGCCACUCUGGCCUGUGAGGCCACUGGAAUCCCAAAACCUACAGUCACCUGGAAGAAGAAUGGCCACCACCUUAAUCUGGAUCAGAACCAGAACCUAUACAGGAUUUUAUCUUCAGGGUCUCUAGUGAUUAUUUCUCCUUCCGUGGACGACACCGCUGCCUAUGAAUGUUUCGUGUCGAAUGAUGCUGGAGAGGAUCGGAGAACGGUGCAUCUCCUUGUUCAAGUUCCUCCUUCCAUAGCUGAUGAGACUACAGAUCUCGUGGUCACAAAACUAUCCCCAGCAGUGAUGACUUGUACAGCUUCAGGUGUCCCAGCUCCCUCAGUUCACUGGACCAAGAACGGGAUAAGACUCCUUCCCCGGGGAGAUGGUUAUACAGUUCUAACCUCAGGAGCCAUUGAAAUAGCAGCUACCCGGUUAGACCACGCAGGGAGGUACACCUGCGUAGCCAGGAAUGCCGCCGGUUCGGCUCACCGACACGUGACCCUUCGUGUUCAGGAGCCGCCAGUCAUUCAGGCUCAGCCAAGCAAUCUAGAUGUGAUUCUGAACAACCCCAUUCUCUUGCCGUGUGAUGCGACGGGAAGCCCUAGUCCUAUCAUUACAUGGCAGAAGGAGGGCAUCAGCAUCCUCACCACAGGAGGAAGCUACACCGCUCUCCCUAAUGGUGGCUUGCAGAUCAGUAAGGCCACUGUAGAGGAUGCUGGGACUUAUAUGUGCGUAGCUCAGAAUCCAGCUGGUACAGCACUGGGGAAGAUCAAGUUAAAAGUUCAAGUCCCUCCAGGUAUCGCCGCUCACCAGAAGGAGUACGUGGUCGCCGUGGAUAAGUCCAUCACUCUGGCGUGUGACGCGGAGGGCUACCCAGCCCCUGACAUCACUUGGCACAAAGAUGGGCGAGAGGUCACGGAAUCGAUUCGGCAGCGGGUCCUCAGCUCCGGGGCCUUACAGAUAGCGUUUGUCCAGCCUGACGACACGGGACAGUAUACGUGCAUGGCAGCAAAUGUAGCAGGAUCUAGUAGCUCAGACACCAGACUCACGGUGCACGUCCCUCCCCGAAUCCGCACCGCGGAGGAUCGGUACACAGUCCUGGAGAAUUCCCAAGCUGUCCUACAGUGUGUGGCCGAUGGGAUCCCUACCCCAACGAUAAACUGGAAGAAAGAUGAAAGUCUCUUAGCGGACAUGCCAGGAAAAUAUACCACCGAGCCAUUUGGAGGACUCGUUUUGGAAAAAGCAGCUCCUGAAGAUUCCGGCAGCUACACCUGCGUGGCGAGCAACACUGCAGGCCAAGAUGCACACACCGUUAGCCUGGCUGUGCAUGUUCUCCCGGAAUUUACCGAACUGCCCGGAGAUGUGUCUUUGAAUAAAGGAGAACAACUCAGGUUAACCUGCAGAGCAGCUGGUAUACCAUUACCCAGAAUAACGUGGACCUUUAACAACAAUAUUCUCCCUGCAAAGUUUGACGGUGUCACUGGACACAGCGAAUUGGUUAUCGAAAGAGUGUCCAAAACUGACUCUGGUACAUACGUGUGUACCGCAGAAAACACAGUUGGUUUUGUCAAGGCUAUUGGAUUUGUUUAUGUGAAAGAGCCACCGGUCUUUAAAGGGGAUUAUCAUUCCAACUGGAUUGAGCCCUUGGGUGGCAAUGCCGUCUUGAAUUGUGAAGUCAAAGGAGAUCCACACCCCACUAUCCAGUGGAGCAGGAAGGGAGCGGCUGUCCAGAUUAACAACAGGAUCCGGCAACUUGGCAACGGUUCCCUGGCCAUCUAUGGCACUGUGAAUGAAGAUGCAGGAUUCUAUAAGUGUGUUGCUACAAAUGAUGCGGGUGUGGUGGAACGUAGCAUGAUGCUAACCCUUCAGAGCGCCCCCACCAUUACUCUGGAGCCUUUGGAGACUGUGAUCGACGCCGGGAGCACAGCUAUGCUGAACUGCCAAGCGAUGGGAGAACCUCCUCCGGCCAUCACGUGGUCCCGCCGAGGCCGCCCGCUCCCCUGGGACGACCGAGUGACCAUGUUGCCCAACAAUUCCUUGAGGAUAGCUGCAGCCCAGAAGGAGGACACGUCUGAAUACGAAUGUGUGGCACGGAAUAUGAUGGGUUCAGUCCUUGUGCGGGUUCCCCUCACGGUCCAAGUGCACGGAGGAUUUUCAGAAUGGUAUGAAUGGAGACCAUGUAGCGUCACCUGUGGGCAAGGUGUUCAGAAAAGGAUUCGUCAGUGUAACAACCCUCUUCCUGCCAACGGUGGCCAACCCUGUCACGGUUCGGAUACUGAAAGCCGCAACUGUCAGAACAAACCCUGCCCAGUUGCCGGCAACUGGUCGGGCUGGACGUCUUGGGAAGAGUGCUCUAGGACUUGUGGCCAGGGGAAUAGAACCAGGACCAGAUCUUGCAGUAACCCCCCAGCCCAACACAACGGAAGGCCGUGUGAGGGGAGUGCUGUAGAAAUCAUCAAGUGCAACAGUAGGCCUUGCCCAGUCAGUGGAGGAUGGAGUGCUUGGUUGCCAUGGGGGUCUUGUAGUGAGAGCUGCGGAAAAGGUACUCAGGCAAGAAUGAGACUUUGCAACAACCCUCCGCCGUCAUUUGAUGGACCCUUCUGCGACGGGCCUGAUACGCAGAUGCAAGUUUGCAAUGAAAGACACUGCCCAGUGACCGGGGCCUGGGCCUCGUGGUCCAGCUGGAGUGCCUGCACCGUGUCCUGCGGUGAAGGUUCCCGGAGGAGGACUCGGGAUUGCUCCGCUCCUGCCCCGCAGUUUGGCGGGCGCAAAUGUGAAGGCAGUGAUGUCCAGGUCGACUUCUGCAAUAGCGACCCUUGCCCAAUUCACGGGAACUGGAGUCCUUGGAGCGGCUGGGGAACCUGCAGCCGGACGUGCAAUGGUGGUCAAAAGCGUAGAUAUCGCACCUGUGACAACCCUCGCCCAGCCAGCGGCGGGAGAUCGUGUGCUGGGGCAGACACACAGAUUCAGAGGUGUCACACAGAUGGGUGUCCAGUGAACGGAAACUGGGGAACGUGGCAGACAUGGAGCAAGUGCUCUGCUUCUUGUGGAGGAGGAGAACAGACUCGCAGACGGCUGUGUAACAAUCCAGUUCCCUUUAAGACUGGGCACUUGUGUCCCGGAGACUCAACGCAGGUUUCCAGGUGCAACAUCCAAGCGUGUCCAGGUGGGCCCCAGCGUGCCAGAGGAAGUGUUAUUGGAAAUAUUAACAAUGUUGAAUUUGGAAUUGCUUUUCUCAAUGCCACAGUAAUAGAUAAUCUUCACUCUGACAGUAGGAUCAUUCAAGCCAAAAUUACCAAUGUUCCUCGCAGUCUUGGCCCAGCAAUGAGGAAGAUAGUCUCCAUCCUAAAUCCCAUUUACUGGACAACAGCAAAGGAAAUAGGAGAAGCUGUCAAUGGAUUUACACUCACCAAUGCAGUCUUCAAGAGAGAAACACAAGUGGAAUUUGCAACUGGAGAGAUCCUACGCUUGACUCACAUAGCCCGAGGUUUGGAUUCAGAUGGAGCAUUGUUACUCGACGUUGUAGUGAAUGGCUAUGUCCUACAGCUCCAGUCCUCCGCCCGUGUCACCGUAAAGGAUUAUACAGAGGACUACAUUCAGACGGGCCCCGGACAGCUGUAUGCCUAUUCCACCCGACUGUUCACCGUCGACGGAGUCAGCGUGCCGUACACCUGGAAUCACACCAUCUCCUAUGACCAGGCUCGUGGGAGAAUGCCAUUCUUGGUGGAAACGCUCCACGCUUCUUCCAUCACGUCCGAUUACGACCAAUUAGAAGAAACCCUGAGUUUCGAAAUCCACGCCUCAAUAUCUAAAGGAGACAGGAGUAAUCAGUGUCCUUCUGGAUUUGGCUUGGAUCCUACAGGACCUUUCUGUGCCGAUGAAGAUGAAUGUGCGGUCCGAAGCCCCUGCUCUCACGCUUGCCAUAAUGCCAUUGGGACCUAUUACUGUUCUUGCCCCAGAGGCCUCACUAUAGCUGCUGAUGGAAGAGUUUGCCAAGAUGUUGAUGAAUGUGUCUUGGGCGGACACACCUGCCAUGCAGGUCAGGACUGUGAAAACACCAUUGGCUCCUACCGCUGUGUAGUCAGUUGUGGGAUUGGCUUUCGGCGGACCUCUGAUGGGCUGAGUUGUCAGGAUAUUAAUGAAUGCCAAGACUCCAACCCCUGCUACCAGCGCUGCUUCAAUACCAUCGGAAGUUUCCACUGUGGCUGUGAUCCAGGUUACCAACUCAAAGGCAGAAAAUGCUUGGAUGUGAACGAAUGCAGGCAGAAUGUGUGCCGACCGGACCAGCAUUGCAAGAAUACACGCGGUGGCUAUAAAUGCAUUGACCUUUGUCCAAAUGGAAUGAGCAAAGCUGAAAAUGGAACUUGUGUUGAUAUUGAUGAAUGCAGAGAUGGUACCCAUCAAUGCAGAUAUAACCAGAUUUGUGAGAAUACAAGAGGGAGCUAUCGUUGUGUUUGUCCCAGAGGCUAUCGGUCCCAGGGAAUUGGAAGACCCUGCCUAGACAUUAAUGAGUGUGAACAGGCUCCUAAACCUUGUGCACACCAGUGCACCAACACUCCCGGCAGCUUCAGGUGCCUCUGUCCACCUGGACAGCAUUUAUUAGGUGAUGGGAAAUCUUGCGCCGGAUUGGAGAGGUUGCCAAAUUCCGGUGCUCAGUACAGUAGCUCUAACUAUGGGCAGUUCUCCUCCGAGAGAGACGACUAUCAACCUCAGCAGUAUUACAGGCACCAUGCAAAUCGAUUCAGCUCCUACUCAGAGUAUAGAAACAGCAGAGCAUCCCUCUCCAGGACUAAAAGGAAUAUUAGAAAAAAUUGCCCUGGAGGCUAUGAGACAAGAAAUGACACAUGUGUAGAUAUUGAUGAAUGUGAAAAUAGAGACGCCUGUCAGCAUGAGUGUAAAAACACCUUUGGCGGUUAUCAGUGCAUCUGCCCACCGGGCUAUAUUCUCAUGCCCAAUGGCAAAACAUGUCAAGAUAUUGAUGAGUGCCUGGAGCAGAACAUUCACUGUGGACCCAAUCGCAUGUGCUUUAAUAUGAGAGGAAGCUACCAGUGUAUCGAUACGCCUUGCCCGCCAAACUACCAGCGAGAUCCCGUCUCAGGGUUCUGUCUCAAGAAUUGUCCACCCAAUGAUGUGGAAUGUGCCCUUAGCCCAUAUGCCUUGGAAUACAAACUGGUCUCCCUCCCUUUUGGAAUAACCGCCAAUCAGGACUUGAUCCGAUUGGUCGCAUACACCCAGGAUGGCGUGAUGCAUCCCAGGACAACGUUUCUCAUGGUGGAUGAGGACCGGACCAUCCCCUUUGCCCUCAGGGAGGAGAACCUGAAGGGAGUCGUGUACACAACUAGGCCACUCCAAGAACCAGAGACAUACCGCAUGCGGGUGAGAGCCUUGUCGCACAGUGUGGACGGAGCCAUUGAAUACCAGACGACGUUCAUCGUUUACAUAGCCGUGUCCGCCUAUCCGUAUUGAGAGACACCGCCAGGAUCAGUCCCGGGCACUCUGACCACUUCUAGAGUGGGAAUGAUUCGCACCUCCGGAUUGAUGCCAUUGCCUCUUCCUAACCAGUUGCGAACUGCAACUUUAAAAUGGUGCUAUGCUCUCUUUCCUGGGCCUUUCUUGGCACUGCCAAGUUUCAGUAUUCCAUUUUUGUUUUUAAUUUUCAUUUUAAUGAGGUUGAAAGAACCUUACCCAAUUGCUUUAUUUAUUGCACUGGAGCAGUCACUUUUCAAAGAUUGUUCUGAAAUACCAACAGGACACAUCAAAGGGUAUUAUAUUCAGUAUUGUAAUAGUCAACACAAUAGCUAAAGCCAUUCUUCUUUCGAAAACCGACAGAAGACCAAAUGCAAAAUAUUUGGCUGGUUUGAAAAAAUAAUAAACUGGUUUCUGAAUGCUUUUCUUAAUACCUAAAGGAUAAUUUAAAGUUGAUGCUUUUUUGUUGCAUUUUAUGAUAGAAUUUUGCGUAUUAUUUUUCUUUGAAAAGAAAAAAAACACUUAUUCAGCUACAAAAAUGACCAUUAAAUAGAUGCCUCUAGCCCACAAAAUUCUCAUUUUGACUUACAUUAGCCUUUAGAAAAUGGGGCAUUUCAGUGAUUGUGAACUCAACAAAACCAUUUUAUUAAUCAACAAAAGCAACACUAUUACUGUACUCCCUUCAGGAAUAUUCUUUGGUCUGGCUGUAUUACUUGACAUUAUGGAAUAACUUUUAUAUUCAUUUAUUUCAAUAACUUCUACAUUCCAGUAUUCCUAAGAAGGUUGAAAGGAUUUGGGGAUUUUCUUUUGUUUUUGUUUUUUUGUUUGUUUUAAAACUAUUGAGGGUUUUUUUUCCCCCCCAAAUCCAACUAGUUUGGUUUAAUAAAAAGUUGGGCGUCAAUACACUGUACAAGGCAGUAAUAGACUCUGGAAGUAAUUUGCCAAGAUGUAUUCUAUUUUUUGUAAAGUGUACAUAUGUUAACUCUGUGUAUUUCUCUGCAAUAUCUCUUAAUAGAUUGUUUUAUAAAAAAUACUUUACCAAAGAAAAUAUCACAUCGAAAACAACAAUAAAA